AUGGCGGGAGGUACUGCUAAUGGCGGCGAGGCGCAAACAGUGACCAAGAGAACCCUGGAGGACGGUUCAGAUAACGCUCCCAAAACCAAGCGCUCUCGUUAUGUGACAAAUGCAUGCAAUGAAUGCAAAAGGCGCAAGGUCAAAUGCAAUGGUGAAGAUCCAUGUCAGCGAUGCAUUAAUAGCAUGAUCGCAUGCGGAUACCAUCAGCCACCGAGAAAUAAUAGUAUGAGCAUGCAGAUCCGUGCGGUGAUGGAGAGGGUUGACAGCCUGAACGAAAGACUGAACGCCAUAUCCCCGGCGAGCGUAGCCGAGACGAGCCAUCCUCCUCUCUAUAGCCUUGUUGAUCAGCCGGAUCUCUGUCUCCCAACUGCAGAUGGAAGGGUUCCAGCUAGUGCAGCCGCGAGGAAUCAGUCCGUUCAGCCGAGCUCUCCGAGAGGAACAGAAACAAUUUCUCCAGAAUACCACGGGCUGACUAGCUCUGAGUUUACCUUCGAAGUGGCGAAUGAGAGCUUGAACGAGCUGGGUGUUGGCUGUUCCAUCAGCAAUCCAAAUCAACCAAAUGGGUCUCUUUCGUUCCAGCCUAUCCCCAGCGCCCACACAGCAGACAAGACGAUGGUCAGGAGACUGCUAACACGAGACCCGUUGUGGAGCAUUGAACGAGUUGAUGCAUUGAGAUAUAUCGAUAUAUAUCUCAACACACUUGGCUUAAUGUAUCCGGUUGUUGAUGCUCAACAUUUCGAGUCCAAGGCGCUCAUGCUCUUUGAUGCGCUGGAUUCCGCGAAGGCAGCAAGAUGCCGGGACCGAAUUGGCCGGACCAUAGAGCUGCUAUUUAGCGUUGAAACCAACAAGAUAAAGCUGGCCACUGCCGCGGGACUCGUCAUCGAUCAAGGGGCUGGAAAUGACACAGCAGUAAGGCUGGUGCAAAGCGUCCUAGACUCGACAGACGACUCCUUGAUGAAUGCGGAGGGAAUCGGAGGUGUCCAGCUCCUGGUCCUCACGGCAUUGUUUCACUAUUCCGUGGACGAAGAGCUCAAGGCCAGCCGAUACGUUUGUCUCGCGUCUCGAAGAUGUCUGGAGAUGGGACUACAUCGCCGCGAAAUGUUGCUGAAGCACUUCCGCGAUGAACACGCGCGAAAACUGGCUUUGAGGAUCUUCUGGUCGGUCUUUAUGCUCGACCGGCGCUCGAGUUUGGGGCUUGGAGUACCAUACGUGAUCCAAGACAGCCCUGUGGAUCCGUCGCUGGUUGCCAUGAACGUCGACCACCUCUACCUCCGAACCAUGAUUCCGUACACCAAACUCUCCGGCAAGGCGUGGCAGAUGAGCAACGAAUUUAGUACCAAAGAUGUCCAUGCUGCACGCGACGAGAUUGACUUUCUCGACUAUCAAGUGAUGCAAUGGCGGAAACAGAUCCCGGACUCUCUCCGCUAUUCCCCUAGCACACCAGAGCAUCCAGAACAGAUACGAAACAAUUACAGUCCUCAACAACGCCUCUACCUCAGCGUUGUCCUCUUCAUUCGCUGCAACCAGCUUCGUAAUGUGAUUUAUCGACCUCUGCUGCAGUCAUCUGCCCAUAUCAAAAGCAAUCCUGAACAUACGCUCACCGCGCUCUCCAUUGCGAAAGAAUCUCUCCAGACCAUGUCGGACCUGAACUCUACCACAAACUUGCUUCAAAUGCACGCGAUAUUCUUCAAGCACUUCAUUGUCUCAGCGCUGGGAAACCUCCUGCUCAUCACGGUCCACGCGACAGCCGAGUACUGGACGCAAAUUCGCGAGACGUUUCACAUGGCUCUGGGUCUUUUGAGACAGCUGAGCACACGAUGCGGCCCGGUCAAGCGUGUGUGGGAUCGACUCAAAGGGCUGGAAGACUUGCAGGCCAAAAUAUCAUCUGCCCGGCGGCGCGAGGCCGAGGGCCAGACUGUGGAUUUCCUGGGCUGUGAGGUAGACAUUGGACAAAGUCAUGGCGAGGCUAGUCUCAACCCGUUAAGCAUAGGACCCAGUGGUGGCGACUACAUGUUGUUCGACUCGCAGAUUCGAGACGAGUUUGCCGGCUUUUUUGACUCGUCGUUCAAUGUUGGGGACUUUUUGGAGUUUCCUCUUUUUGACAACGGUGAAAGAGGCUAA